CAAGAUCACCUUCAUUGCUCUUGAUUGGAAAAAGGACCCGUUCACGCCGCAACCAAGCGGAAAAAUCAAGCCCGCCACGUAUCAAGAGGAGACGACCCAGUGUGGUAGGUUGUCGACGGCGACGCUCUGCAGCAGCUCCGGCGAUCUCCUUCUAUAGUGAUGCCCGGCCGGAAAUCUGCAUCAUUCUUCCCUCUCCAGCAACGUUUCUAGCGCGCACGGACGCACGGUUCACCCAAAUAUAAAGUUAGACUUUUUAGAUUUUUAAAAUUUUACUGAUACAAAUACACCUCCAUUAAUUCUCACUCCGUAUUUGUUUCUUCUUGUUUGUUUCUAUAUACCCGACCCGACAGAGCACCAUCCACGCAGACCCAUACCCUACUGCAAUUGACCGAAUACAACCAAACCGAUUCCUCCCGUUUCUAAUUAGGUGAAACAAAUAUGCUAGGGAGCUUGUUCGGCGAUCUCCCACCGCCGUCUUCCUCUGCCGAGCCAGAUGAGAAGUCCGCCGGCGGCAAUGUUUGGUCGAGCAGCACAGCGAAGAUGGCUCCAUCCGCCCUCCGCAAAUCCUUCGCACCCUCCCAGACUAUUAUUCGACCUCAAACCCUACUCAAGCCUAAACUCCCCAAACCUGCCCUUCAUCAGACCAGUGAGGAUACCAACCCCAAUCCUAAUUCCCACCAUUCAGCAUCGUUUCAUCCGGCGUUGGUUGCGAUUACGAGCACUGUCAUAGACGAAUAUGAUCCUGCCCGGCCAAAUGACUACGAGGAAUACAGGAGGGAGAAGAAGAGGAAGCAGAUGGAGGCAGAAUUAAGGGAAAGGGAGAGGAGGGAGAUGGAAAGGGAGAAAGAGAAAGAGAAGGAGAAGGAGAGGGAGAGGGAGCAGGAGUUGAACCUCUCAGGCGAGGAGGCAUGGCGGCGAAGAGCUUUCAUAAAUGGUGGAGGUGGCAAUGUACCGAGGUCACCAUCACCUCCUAGUAAGGGAGAGUUUAAUAUCGGGGGCAGAUCCGAUACUGCUGGCUUGGGGUUAGGAAUGGGGGCAGAGGGAAAGAUGACUAUGACGGCUGCACAGAGGAUGAUGGCCAAGAUGGGGUGGAAAGAAGGUCAGGGACUUGGCAAGCAAGAACAGGGGAUUACUACUCCUUUGAUGGCUAAGAAGACUGAUAAGAGAGGUGGAGUGAUUGUAGCUAGUGAGGAGGUUAAACAGCCAGAGAAGAAGGUUAAGAGUGUUAAUUUCAAUAUGCCUCCAACUAGGGUUGUACUUCUGAGGAACAUGGUGGGACCUGGUGAAGUGGAUGACGAUCUUGAGGGAGAGGUGGCUGAAGAAUGUACCAAAUUCGGGACAGUGACACGUGUACUUAUAUUUGAGAUAACGGAAUCAAACUUCCCUCAUGAUGAAGCAGUCAGAAUAUUCAUUCAGUUUGAGAGGGCAGAGCAAGCAACAAAAGCACUUAUUGAACUUGAUGGGCGUUUUUUUGGAGGAAGGAUUGUUCGUGCGGGCUUCUACGAUGAAGAGCGGUUUGGUAAAAAUGAUUUGGCCCCUUUGCCUGGAGAAAUUCCUGGUUUUUGAUAAAAGUUCAGCUUUGGCAAAAUGAAAAGUUUUGGCCACUUAUAUAUUCUACGCAUUUGUGCUAUCUGUAUUCUAUGAGCUUCUUACCAACAAUGUGGCAUAAGUUGCAUAUCCUAUGUCUGUUUGAAGUAAAGAAAAGAUUAAGUGGCAGAGUGAUAGGUUAUGUAAAAGUUCAGUGAAACCCUCCUUUGAUUAAGGGGUCGAUCCAGUUCUGAAACCAAUCAGAUAAAGCACUUGGAAAAGGUGUUUUUUAAUGGAAUAGGAUUAUAUGAGUGGGCAAUUCGGUUUCGGUUCGGGUUGGGAGAAUUUGUACAAUUGUACCAAACAAAACCAUUUGUGUUUCAGUUCGGUUUCGGUUCGGUUUGAAGUUCGGUUUACCAAAGUGAAAAGUAUUACAUUUAAUUUAGUUUGUUUUGAUUCAU